AUGGCGGACGAGAGAUAUAACCGGAAAAAUCCGGCGGUGAAGAGAAUUUUGCAGGAGGUUAAGGAAAUGCAAGCAAAUCCCUCUGAUGAUUUCAUGUCUCUUCCUCUCGAGGAGAAUAUCUUCGAGUGGCAAUUCGCAAUCCGAGGUCCUAGUGACACUGAAUUUGAAGGUGGGAUUUAUCAUGGGAGGAUUCAGUUGCCUUCAGAUUACCCUUUCAAACCUCCUUCAUUCAUGUUAUUGACCCCUAGUGGUCGUUUCGAAACCAACACCAAGAUUUGCUUGAGCAUUUCUAAUUACCAUCCCGAGCAUUGGCAACCGUCUUGGAGUGUUCGGACUGCUUUGGUGGCUCUCAUUGCGUUCAUGCCUUCAAACCCCAAUGGAGCAUUGGGAUCAGUAGAUUACCCAAAGGAGGAGAGACGUGCACUAGCCACUAAGUCGCGUGAGGCACCACCAAAAUAUGGUUCUCCCGAACGUCAAAAACUUAUUGAUGAGAUUCAUCAAUACAUGCUCAGCAAGACACCCGCUGUUCCCAAACCUAAUCUUCAGGAAUGUAACAAACCACCUUCUGCUGAUUCAGACGGUCAGUCCCAAACCAAACCGCAGGACGCUUCAGCGGUUAUAUCAGAAGGUGAUAACGCGCCUGAAGAGAAUGUAGUUGAUCAAAUCGCUGAAGAGGCAGCUCAAACCGUUCUUCCAGAAGCAAAUGCAGCGGUAGAGGUUGGAAACGGUCUGGUGAGGCGGCAGGAGCAACAGACCGUAGUUGUCAGGGCGGCUCAGAAACCGGCUGAUGACAGGCUGUUCACUUUGGCUGCGGUUGGACUCACAAUUGCGAUUAUGGUUCUUUUGCUUAAGAAGUUCGUAAGGUCAAGUGGUCAUGGUGCUGUGUUUAUGGACGAGUCGUGA